AUGUCGAUUGGACAUCCGUCUACCGUCCCGGCAUUCGCGCUCCAGAACCGGUCGGUAAGCAAUCGGAACCGUUUGGUCAAAGCGCCACCAAGGACAGCGGAUAGCUUCAAUUCCAACUCCAUCGACCCCGUGAACAUCGGGCAACCGGAGAGCUUCCCAACGCCAGUCCAAGCGACCAACGCGCGGAGGAUCCUCGAACUCAUGCGAUCGUCGUGCGGCAGAAUGGAAGGAAGGCUCGCGUUCCGGAGAGGGAACGUCGACCAGUGGACAUUGGCGUACUGUAGCGUGAACGAAGAGGCCGGGAGCUUGGUGUAUGAGAUAUACAGCAACAAGAACGACAUGAACCCAAAGACCUUGAUCCCCGACCUUCGAAGCUGUCAGAUCCGCACCGGCUUCGAUGGCGAAGGUCGCAUGCCGUACUUGGAUGUGUGUCCGCACUGCUCCAACCUCGAAGUCCACCUUCGCCCGCACACCCAGGAUGAAUUCGACUCCUGGUUCGCCGCCCUACUCUGCUGGCAACCCAUCCGCCCCAAAGGCCUCCAGAAUCGCAUGACGAAGCCCCAAUCGCCGGUGAUCAGCGAACGUCGCCUCGCGGACUCCCGCCGCCAUUCCGAAGUCUCGUUGCUCAAGGAGGCGCCCAUCAUCAAGGUCGGCAAAAUGACGUUUUGGGACACCAGCGUUUCGCACAGCAACACAAGUGGCACCCCACGUGGCGUGCGGCCGCAGGUGCAGCGGAUGGAGAGCUUCGCGUCGAAGCGGUGGCGACGCGUAUCUUGCACGUUGCGCGAGAACGGUGAGCUCAAGCUCUAUUCCGAGUCGGACGUGACGCUGGUGUCGGUGGUACAAUUGUCCCACCUGUCCCGAUGCGCCGUGCAGCGAUUGGACCCGUCUGUGCUGGAUGAAGAGUUUUGCAUCGCCAUCUUCCCGCAGUACUCCAUGACCUCGACGCACAUUUCUCUAGUUCGCCCCAUCGUCCUUUCUCUCGACACCCGCGUGCAGUACGAAGUGUGGGUCGUCUUAUUACGCGCAUUUACUAUUCCGCAAUUAUACGGGCCGAAACAACAAUCCAUCCAGGACGAGAGGUCGUCGCCUCAGCCUUCGCAAGGCCUCUUUAGUCCUACGACCGCAGACAUGUUCCGUAUGGAGCGCUCUUUGAACGUACGGAUCAUGGAAGCACGCAUUAUAGAUCACUCUUCCUCGAAGGCUCCGGAAUCGAGUCAUAAUGGGAAAUCCCCCGACCCAGGAAGCCCGUCUAUUGCGCACUACGCCGAAAUGCAGCUGGAUGGCGAGACACGAGCGCGCACUAUGGCCAAGGACGGGAACAAUCCGUUCUGGCGAGAAGAGUUCGACUUCCAUGACCUCCCCGACGUCACGUCCAUCGCUACGAUCCUCGUGAAAAAGAAAAUCCCGCAACAUCUGCAGAAGGAGAAGAAUAAUAAAGACGAAACGAGACGCAUCUUUGACGUGCUAAGUUCCUCAGCCAACCAUACUUCCAACGGCGGCUACUCCGACGUCAACUUCGACGCGACGGUGGGAAAGGUGGAUAUUGUGCUCGACGACGUUGACCCCGCCAAGGAGGGAGAAAAGUGGUGGCCCCUCGUCAACAGCUACGGCGCCCGCGUCGGCGAAGCGCUUCUGCGCCUCGAGGCGGACGAGUGUGUCAUCCUCAUGGCACGCGACUACCAGCCGCUAUCGGAACUACUCCACCGCUUCUCCAGCGGGCUCACGCUACAGAUCGCGCACAUGGUCCCGGGCGACCUACGACGGUUGAGCGAUUGCCUGCUCAACAUCUUCCAGGUCAGCGGCACGGCAGGUGACUGGAUCAUGGCGCUCGUAGAGGAAGAGGUUGACGGCACGGUGAAGGAGACCCCCGUGUCGCGGUUGCGGUUCGCGCGGCGGAUGGGGUCCAACGAGUCGUCGGAGAACUUCGGCAGCACGAGCGAGCGUGAGCAGCUGGUGCGCGACCUGGGGAAGAACGCGACGCUGGAGGCGAACCUCCUGUUCCGCGGCAACACCCUGCUAACGAAGAGCUUGGACACACAUAUGAAGCGGCUGGGGAAGGAGUAUCUGGACGAGAUCCUCGGGGAGAAGUUGACGGAGAUCGCGGGGCAGAAUCCAGACUGCGAAGUGGAUCCGAAUCGGGUGGCGUCGGGAGCGAGCCUCGAUCGGAAUUGGAAGCGGUUGAUCAAGUACACGGAGGAGAUCUGGUUUUGUAUUUUCCAUUCGGUCACGCGGUGCCCGCCGGAGUUGCGGCUGAUCUUCCGCCAUAUUCGAGCGUGCGCGGAAGAUCGGUAUGGGGACUUCUUGCGGUCGGUCAAGUACAGCAGCGUGAGCGGCUUCCUGUUCCUCCGGUUCUUUGUGCCGGCAGUGCUCAACCCCAAGCUGUUUGGGCUACUGAAAGAUCAUCCCCAGACACAAGCCCGCCGCACAUUAACCCUCAUUGCCAAGUCCCUGCAAGGGCUCGCCAACAUGAGCACCUUCGGCUCCAAAGAGCACUGGAUGGAGCCCAUGAACGUCUUCCUCACCUCGCACCGCCAAGAAUUCAAAACUCUCAUCGAUAACAUCUGCAGCAUCCCCUCCUCCGCGUCCCCCCUCCCCACCCUCACCCCCUCCUACAGCACCCCCAUCCAAAUCCUCCAACGCCUCCCCCCCACUUCCCGUGAAGGCUUCCCCUCCCUCCCCUACCUCAUCGAUCACGCUCGCAACUUCGCCAACCUCGUCGCCCUCUGGCUCGACCGCUCCACGCCCAUGGCCAACAACAUCCGCCCCUCCGACGGCGACCUCCUUAAGUUCCACCGCCUCUGCGUCGCCAUCGCCGCCCGCACCACCGACUGCCUCGCUCGUGCCGAGCGCGCAGACCGCCCGUCUAGCGCCCUCAGCGUCCGCUGGGAGGACCUCAUAGAUCAGCUGGGUCAUGUCGCUGGCAUCGAGGCGCAGCAGGGCGCC